AUGUCCCUUGUCCGCCACCUCCGCUACCGCCGCAUCAACAGCCUCCUCCGGAAAUACCCAGACCCAACCCUCCCCCUCCGCGAUCUCACAGUCGCCAGAGAAGUCGCCACCGCAACCGGCGGCUUUGAUUUCCCAUUCGUGAACGUCAUCUCGCUCGAAUUCGCACUCUUCAAAACCUAUGCCAUCCCUUCCAUCUCCAAGAUCCUCUCUGCUACCAAGCAGUUUGCGACACAGUGUCCUAAACGUGCAGACGAUACUAGCUUGAUUCUGUGUGAGAUGACAGAGACCUACAAGAGACAGGCGUAUCGACACAUGACGGAGGGGAAAGAGGAUCUGGACGAGGAUCUGACGGACGAGAAGCGUGAACGGUUGGCAUUGGAGAAACUCAAUUUCAUUCAUGGACAUUAUCCAAUCCGCCAGGAGGACUACCUCUACACCCUCGCGCUCUUUGUCCUCGAGCCCGUUUCAUGGAUCGAUCGUCUCGAAUGGCGUCAAGUCACCGAGCUCGAGAAAAACGCGCUGCUGGGUGCCUGGACAUUUCACGGCCAAAACAUGAAGAUCGAAAACAUCCCCAAGACCUUUGACGAACUCGCCCAAUGGUCCCAGAACUACGAACGCGAGAACAUGGUCUACGCACCUUCAAACGUGGCAAUCGCACAAGCAACCACCAGCUUCUUACUCUCAAAAUCCCCCAAAGCAUUGCACCCCUUCGGUCGCCACAUCGUCUCAUCCCUCCUCACCGACCGCCUCCGCACCGCAUUCGCCAUCCCAAACCCACCCCGCGGUCUCACAACCUUCAUCUUCGGCAUUUUCAAACUGCGGCGAUUCUUCAUUCAGUACCUUUUGCUUCCAAGGAGGACCCCAAACAUCCGAACGGCCUUGCGAGCAAACGAUGAAGGAAAAUUUGUCCCCCGUUGGAACAAGUAUGCUCCCGUCUAUCCUGAUGGAUAUCAUAUCGAGGAUCUGGGACCCGACAAGUUCUUGGGCAAAUGCCCCGUCUCGCUCAAGAAUGUCCAGCUCCCAACAUUGAUGGCGAAUAACAACGAUGACAAGGCUGUUGUCGUGUGA